AUGGAGAUGAAUAAAGAACAGAAUUUUGAAUCAAAAUGUCAUGGAAAAGUGCUAUUACUUGGAGGAUAUCUGAUUUUAUUCAAGAAAUACUACGGCUGAGUAAUAUCCUCAUCUCCUUCUAUUAAAGCUACUAUUAUUAUGUCAGAAUCUGCUAGCCACAACAAAAUCACUGUAGUGUCAAACCAGUUUUCAUAUGAAGCACAAUUUGAAAUGAUUCCUUUCAGUAAAGUUUCAGGAGAAUGGAAUCCGUUUAUUGCUGAGUCCUUAAAUGUUGUAUCUUUUAUCGCAUCUAUUAUGAAUUGUGGCUAUUUAUUAUCAUCAAAGUCUUUUCUUCUUGAAAUUAAUGCCGAUCCAGAAUUUUACACCUCUGGGAAAACUGGACUUGGGAGCUCCUCAGCCUUGAUAUGCUCAAUAAUUUCUGCAUUUUUUAAUUAUUUACAAAUUUCAGAUGAAAGAAUACUUCACUUCACAUGCCAGCUUGCAAAUUCUCGCGCCCAAAAGAAAAUCGGUAGUGGGUUUGAUAUUGCUGCGGCAUUAUUUGGCUCUCAACUUUACUCAAUUAAGGAAUCUGACUUAUUAAAAUCUCUCCUAAACGAAACAAUCAACGACAUUACUGUCCAAGAGCUUCAAGAAGAAAUAAGUAAUACUGUAUGAAGCACGCCGGUAAGAAGAAUGGAGCUCCCUUCUCAUUAUCAUUUAAUUCUCUGCCAAGGUGGGGAAGGAACUGACACACGGUCUUUUGUAAGGAGCUUUCAUAGCUGAUAUGAGUCUGAUAUAGAGAAUGGAAAGCAAAAGAUGGAAGAAUUAUUUUGUAUUGUUCAACAGUCAGUCAAGUUAUUUAUUGACCAAAAUAGAGCGGAAUUAAGGAAAUUGUCAAGAGAACUCAGAGAUUUCUGGUUAAGAACUAGCGAAGCUAUAGGCGUAGAAAUUAUGCCAAGCAAUAUUUAUAGUUUACUUAAUGAAGUAACAGACACAUGUGAAGAUGUUGUAUUUUCAUGUGUUCCUGGAGCUGGAGGAUAUGAUGCAUUUUAUUUCAUAGUAGAAAAACCUACCUAUGAAGAGGCCACAGAAUAUCUAAGUAGCCAUUUCCCAAAUCUUUUAAUAAUACCUGCACAAAAAUAUCCAUAA